GAGGGGCGCCUCCCCGCCCCGCACGCGCUUGCGGGUGGCGGGAGCCACGGGUGCUCCGGGCCCGGAGCUCCCCCAGAGCUACCUGCCUGCCUCCCGGAGCCCAGGCCACAGGAGGUGCCGCCGGCCCCGCCCCCGCCGCCCACAGACACCCGGCCAUCGCUCCGUCCUCCGGAUCAGCCCGCGCCCCUCCCCGCCGGCGCCCCCUCCCUGGCUGCCGGGCGGGAGGCGCAGAGCUCUCCCCGCCGGCCGGCGCCUGGGGAAUCCUGUGGGCGCGGCGGCCCUUGGCCUUUAUCGCCGCCGGCUCAUCCUAGGAAACUUUAUCAGCGAGGCUCCCCGCUCGUCCCUGCAGACCCACCGGGCGGCGGGGACCUGCGCUCCGGGCUGAGCGCGCUGCUCGGGCACGCAUGGCGCCCGCACACGGAGUCUGACCUGAUGCGGACAACGGGGCUAAUAUGAACGGCCCUCUCGCUGGGAUCUGGCUCUGGCUCCCUCUGCUCCUGACCUGGCUCAGGCCCGAGGUCAGCUCCUCAUGGUGGUACAUGAGAGCCACGGGCGGCGCCUCCAGGGUGAUGUGUGACAACGUGCCGGGCCUGGUGAGCCGCCAGCGGCAGCUGUGCCACCGACACCCGGACGUGAUGCGUGCCAUCGGCCUGGGCGUGGCCGAGUGGACGACGGAGUGCCAGCACCAGUUCCGCCAGCACCGCUGGAACUGCAACACCCUGGACAGGGACCACAGCCUCUUCGGCAGGGUCCUGCUGCGAAGUAGUCGGGAAUCUGCCUUUGUUUACGCCAUCUCCUCAGCUGGAGUUGUAUUUGCCAUCACCAGGGCCUGCAGCCAAGGGGAGCUAAAGUCCUGCUCCUGCGACCCCAAGAAGAAGGGGAGCGCCCGGGACAGCAAGGGCACCUUCGACUGGGGCGGCUGCAGCGACAACGUCGACUAUGGGGUCAAGUUCGCCCGCGCGUUCGUGGACGCCAAGGAGCGGAAAGGCAAGGACGCCAGAGCCCUGAUGAACCUGCACAACAACCGAGCCGGCCGGAAGGCGGUGAAGCGGUUUCUGAAGCAGGAGUGCAAGUGCCACGGCGUGAGCGGCUCCUGCACGCUGCGCACCUGCUGGCUGGCCAUGGCCGACUUCCGGAGGACGGGCGACUACCUGUGGAAGAAGUACAACGGCGCCAUCCAGGUGGUCAUGCACCAGGACGGCACCGGCUUCACCGUGGCCAACAAGAGGUUCAAGAAGCCGACGAAGAACGACCUCGUGUACUUUGAGAAUUCUCCAGACUACUGUAUCAGGGACCGAGACGCAGGCUCCCUGGGCACGGCCGGCCGCGUGUGCAACCUGACCUCCCGGGGCAUGGACAGCUGCGAGGUCAUGUGCUGCGGCCGCGGCUACGACACGUCGCGCGUCACGCGGAUGACCAAGUGCGAGUGCAAGUUCCACUGGUGCUGCGCCGUGCGCUGCCAGGACUGCCUGGAGGCCCUGGACGUGCACACGUGCAAGGCGCCGAAGAGCGCCGACUGGGCGGCGCCCACAUGACCCCCUCCGCCUGCCCUCCGAGGACCACUGGGCCCUGGGCCUUCGGAUUCUCCCAGGAGGCGGUGGCCUCUGUCUCCGCAGCAGCCUCUCCCGCUGCCUGGGGUCCGGCCUGGGCCCCCCGGGCUGCAGGAGUGCGCCCGCCCUCUCUGCCGCCAGCUUUCUGGACACCUCUCCUCCUGGCCGGUCUGACAGGUGAUCCAGGGGAAGGGGUGUGGGCCCCGUCACUGUCUCCACCCACCAGACGGUUCCCCUUCCCACAGCCAUUAGGGGCCCCUGGGGAACCAGUGUCUCAAAGGAGCUUUCUCUGCGUUUCCCACAAAUGCUCCUGUAAAGUCCCUUGCUUCUCUCUGGAGGAUAACGGAGGGAAAGCAGGUCUAACUGCCGCUGAAUUGGCUCCCGUUUCUAAGACCAAGCAAGGCUUGUGCCCGGUGCAGCGAUUGCCACAGCCUCCACGGGCAAUGGCGGUUCCCUGGAGAAGGGUGGCUUUCCAUCAGCUUUAGGGGAGGCGUGCAUUGGGAGCAGCAAGAGCAGAAGCAGCAAGAAAGGAAGGCCCAGCAUGGCUGUCCUCUCAGUACAAAGCACUGGUGGGCAAGGAGCCCUCUUUCUCACGUAGGAUCGGAAGGGUUGAGAAAGCUGACACUGCCAGUAUUCCACAGCUGUAGGGUGAAGUUGGAGGAAAAGAGCGUAGUGACUAGAGCAUCAGAAAAUGUGUUUCUACAGAUAAGGAAAAGGGGACAGGAUCAAAUUCCUACCCGGGAUGAUGCAUGUGACCUGUGGGAUUUGGUAACCAGAUAGCUUUGAGAUGAGAACUUUGGGGGUGAUAAGAGCAGGGAUCCAAAAUGCUGACCAGGAGGUGUCCAGAGCUCAGUCUGCCCAGACAGCCUCUCCCAUGAGCAGAUGGUUGGCCAUGUGUGCAGAGGAGUACCAGUGAGCACUCACCACUCUUCAUGCAUUUUUUUAAAUUUGCAUUUAAAAUAUAUAUUUUAUUGAUUUUUUACAGAGAGGAAGGGAGAGGGACAGAGAGCUAGAAACACUGAUGAGAG